GGCGCUUGGAAUCGAUUCCGAUUGGGUUUCGUGUCGUUUGCAUGUCGGCGUCAGGUUAUCGGCAGGCUAAGGGGGAUCGAGGCUGGCUUGGUCCUUGCCAUGGAUAGCCACGGGGCAUAGCAAAGUUGUUUAUAGGCUUACCGGGGGCUUACGUUGCGGACAGCAGCCGGGGGGGAGUGGUUGGCUCAGCAUGAGGCCACGUGCCGUAUGACCCAGGACAUCGCAGAGAAUAUACAGGAGAGAAACCGGCAGCAGAGAACAGGAGGCAAUCCUGCCAAGGUUAGUGUGACCAUCCGAUUGUCCCUGCAAAACUUGAAUCGAGACAUCGGGCGCCUGAGAGACGGUCUGCUUCGAGCCGCAUCGUCAAACUUCAUUACCCAGCGCGAGGCUGAGCGCAGGCAAAGCUUAUUGGACGAACUUGAGACCAAGGAUCGGCAGCUGCACACCAUGUUCAGUGGCAACGGAGGAGGCACCACCGACUCUGCCAGGAUGGGGCUCUUGGGUGGUGGUGCCACUGGAGCCAGCUCCUGGCUGGAGGAGGAGCCAGAGGACACUAGGGGGCGCAGCUUUGCCGAUCUGCGACAGCAACAGAAAAGCAUCAUCCAGGAGCAGGAUGCUGGGCUGGAGGUGCUCUCUUCCAUCAUAGCGAGGCAAAAGCAGAUGGGCCAUGCCAUUGGAAAUGAGCUGGAAACACAGAAUGAGAUCAUCGACGAUUUGACCAACCUGGUGGAAGAUACCGAUGGGCGGAUUCGUCGAACCACCAAAAGCGUCUCUGUUGUGCAAACAAAGUCAGCGAACUGCGGUAUGCUGGUGGUCAUCGUGCUGCUACUCAUUGCCAUCAUAGUGGUGGCCGUGUGGCCCAAAUGAGGCCGCCGGACCAAGUAAGGAGGAUCUUUAGCGUCUCACUGCAGGGCUUCGUGCACUUAAGAUUGGCCGGUUUGUCUGGCUGAUCGGAAGAUGAGUUGGGUAUUGGAUCAGAUGAUGAAGGGCUACACAUGCCACGGUUGUCUGUUAAGAGCAUUCACUAAACGUGGAUACAUGGCGCAUUCAUGAUUGUGUUCGCAAAGUGCAUUUUGCGUGAGUGAAAAAAAUCCUCAAAACUUGUACAUGACAGAGUGCACACGCAUUCAAUAGCGCCCAGACAAUUGUACAGUUAUCUCGAUUAUCCCAUCGGUGGGUUAUGGAUUAACCGCGCUUGUGAAUAAAUAAAUGAAAUGUUUCUCGUGCACCGCUGGUUUAUUUGCUAGCUGCUCCUCAAUCGUAUCUCGGUGCCCCCCCCAAAUUUGUUGGCAAGUAAAUCAAUAACCUUAAACAAUGAAAAGCAGAAAACACAUGUUACACCUUUGCCCCCCAUUCUACACAGGUAAGCAAUAAAUACAUGUUUGGCAUAACUUAGGUAUGUUUUGUAGCAUCCGUGCUUUUUUGUAUCUGGCCCACCCCUACAUCCACAUUACUUCAGACAAAGAGUUGGCAAUGCACACAGUGCAUCUACAACAGACUAUGUAUUCAACAUGAUAUUUAAAGUUAAUACCACUUGAACUUAGAGCAGAUGGAUAAUGGAAAUGUGUGAAAGCAAGUGAUUUUUAUUUCCUUUUUAAGUAUUUCAGAUUCAAUUUAACGUGUACACUUUUUUGCAUCGAUAUUGGUGAUAAUUAUCUGCACUCAAUAUCGCAGGUAUUCAGUACAAUGUAUUUCAUUCCACGUGGCUCUUCAGCUGUGGUUGUGAAAACCAAAGCGCGCAAGCCCUAAACAACAGUAGUGUGACAAGACAUCGAGCUACGGAAAUAGUACCAAAUUUUAUUUGCUUAAUUUUUGUACAAUUAUAUGCAAAAAGCGAUUAUCGCUAAGAGACAUUUUCAUUCGUAACUCCACAACAGCCCCAGAAGAUGUCACAACUCCUUCUGAAUCACUUCAAUAGGCCUCUUAAUGCUCUGCAAAUAAUGUUCAUGACAUGUGAAAACUUGUUUUACCUUUCAGAGCUGGAAUAUCAUGGAAAACUGAACUUAUGAUAUGACAUAGUGUGUGCAGUUAGCUAUCGGUGACUUAGCUGAGGCAAUACACUUUAGAAACAAGUUUAUUCAUGGGUGGUGGCUUUAAUUCAAACCCAGGGCUUCUGCUGUGCUGUUAGCCCACCUGACCCAUGUACAACAUGUUCCUAGAUAAUAACCACCACAUAGAUGUGUGCACAUUAUAUACGCCACCCUUUGCAACACACAAGGAAAGUAAGUUACAUUUUUCGUACAUGCUUCCUAGCCGUGUACCAGUGUUGUGUGCAGCAUGUGCACAAGCUGCACAUGCUGCAAAGAAUUCGCAUCUUACCAAUAAGGUAAAGCGGCGGUGUGUUCGCUGUUGUUUUCUGAAUGUCUGAUGUAUAUGUGGUGAAACUGAAAAAUCUGACUUCCAAUGUUUUGUACAUAGCUGGCCCACAGAAUGUAGCCCAUUGCUUCCUAUAGGGCGCUCCCAUCUCUUUCAAAAUAAAGGAAUUGCGGAAGAGGC